GACAGCACUAGAUUGUGUGACGCGUUUGCUUGCGUCUUGAACGAACGAUUUUCAUGAAAAUUAUUGAUUAAAGUGUUUUAUUUAUAAAGUUAUCCGUUUUCUUAUAAAUAGAUUAUAAGACGCAUCCACUAUGGAGCAGAUUCCUCCCCCCAAGGAGGUGAAAAUCCUUGAAACAGCAGAGGACAUCCAGGAGCGACGUGAACAGGUGUUGAACCGUUAUGAAGACUUCAAGCAAGAGGCCCGCGCAAAGCGUGAGAAAUUGGAAGACUCAAGACGCUUCCAAUACUUCAAACGUGAUGCUGACGAGCUAGAGUCCUGGAUCCAAGAGAAACUCCAAGCUGCUAGUGAUGAAAGCUACAAAGAUCCCACCAACCUCCAGGCCAAAAUCCAAAAGCAUCAAGCAUUUGAAGCAGAAGUGGCAGCUCAUUCUAAUGCGAUUGUGGUGCUGGACAACACUGGCAGUGAGAUGAUCACGUCAGGACAUUUCGCGUCGGAGACCAUCCGCCGGCGGCUGGAUGAAUUGCAUCGCUUGUGGGAACUGCUGCUAUCGCGACUCGCUGAGAAGGGCAUGAAGCUGCAGCAGGCCUUAGUUCUCGUGCAGUUCCUGCGCCAUUGUGACGAGGUCAUGUUCUGGAUACAUGAUAAGGAAACAUUUGUGAACGCGGAAGAGUUCGGCUCUGAUUUGGAGCACGUGGAGGUGCUGCAGCGCAAGUUCGACGAGUUCCAGAAGGACAUGGCAGCGCAAGAGUACCGCGUCACUGAGGUCAACCAGCUCGCGGAGAGUCUCGUGCUCGAGGGACACCCUGAGCGGGAGACCAUCGUCAAGAGGAAGGACGAGCUGAAUGACGCGUGGCACCGUCUGCGUCAGAUGGCGCUGAUGCGUCAGGAGCGUUUGUUCGGUGCCCACGAGAUCCAGCGGUUCAACCGCGACGCGGACGAGACCAUCGCCUGGAUAUCGGAGAAGGAUGUCGUGCUCGGAUCUGACGACUACGGCCGAGAUCUCGCCACCGUACAGACCCUGCAGCGUAAACACGAAGGCGUGGAACGUGAUCUCGCCGCUCUAGAGGAUAAAGUGUCGACUCUGGACGGCGAGGCGGCGCGACUGGCCGCCAUACACGCGGACCAUGCGCCCGCCAUACACGCCAAACGUGAUGAAAUAUCCGCCGCUUGGCAGAAACUCGUGCAGAAAGCUAAGGAGCGUCGGUCCGAGUUGGAGUCGUCGUACGCCCUGCACCGUUUCCUGGCGGACUACCGCGACCUCGCGUCGUGGAUGUCCGACAUCCGCGCGCUAAUCGCCGCCGACGACCUCGCUAAGGACGUGCCCGGCGCUGAGGCCCUGCUUGAGAGACACCAGGAGCAUAAGGGCGAGAUGGACGCGCGGUCGGACGUGACGCGCGCGUGCGUGGGGGCGGGGCGCGCGCUGGUGGCGGGCGGGCACCGCGGCGCGGGCGAGGUGGAGGGCGCGCUGGCCGCGCUCGAGCGGGACUCGCACGCGCUGCACGCGCUGUGGGAGCAGCGCCGCGUGCUCUACCUGCAGUGCCUCGACCUGCAGCUGUUCUACCGCGACACGGAGCAGGCCGACGCGUGGAUGCACAAGCAGGAGGCGUUCUUAGCCAACGAGGAUGUCGGAGAUUCUCUGGAUUCGGUAGAAGCACUUCUAAAGAAGCACGAAGACUUCGAGAAGUCCUUAGCGGCGCAGGAGGAGAAGAUCAAAGCGUUGGACGAAGUCGCGUCGAACCUCAUCGAGGGACAGCACUACGCUGCGGACGACGUUGCGCAGAGGAGGGAGAUGCUUCUGGAGCGCCGCGCUGCACUGUUAGAAAAGUCGAAUCAGCGGCGUGCCCUACUUGAGGACGCGUACAAGUAUCAACAGUUCGAGCGUGACUGCGACGAAACCAAGGGUUGGAUAAACGAGAAACUCAAGUUCGCCACCGAUGACUCGUACCUGGACCCCACUAACCUGAACGGCAAGGUCCAGAAGCACCAGAACUUCGAGCAGGAGCUCCAAGCGAACAAGCCGCGCGUCGACGACAUCACCGCCGCCGGACAACGGCUGCUGGAGCAGGAACACUUCGCGAAGCCUCAAAUCGAAUCUCGUGUGAACGAGCUGGCGGGACUAUGGGAGAAAUUAGUGGCAGCAUCAGAGCUGAAGGGCAGCAAGCUACAGGAGGCGGCGCAGCAGCAGCAGUACAACCGCGCUGUGGAGGACAUCGAGCUCUGGCUCUCCGAGGUCGAGGGACAACUGCUCAGCGAGGACUACGGGAAGGACCUGACCAGUGUCCAGAACUUGCAGAAGAAGCACGCCCUCCUGGAGGCGGAUGUCAGCUCGCACGCGGAACGUAUCGAGGCGAUCCGCUCUCAGGCUGAACAGUUCAUAGACAAGGGACACUUCGACUCUGAUAACAUACGCGCUAAGAGAGAUGCCUUGGUAGGACGGUACUCGGCUCUGGACAAACCCAUGGCAAUCCGAAAACGGCGCCUGCUGGAUUCCCUGCAGGCUCAGCAGCUGUUCCGUGACCUGGACGAUGAGGCCGCCUGGAUCAGAGAGAAAGAACCCAUCAUCGCCUCUACCAAUAGAGGGCGCGACCUGAUCGGUGUCCAGAACCUGAUGAAGAAGCACCAGGCGGUGAUGGGGGAGAUGGCGCAGCACGAGGCGCGCGUGGAGGCGGUGCGCGCCGCCGGCGCCGCGCUGCGGGACGCCGGGCACUUCGCCGCCGACGACAUCGCCGCGCGCCUGCAGCACCUGCACCAGCAGUGGACGCAGCUGCAGGACAAGGCGCUCCAGCGCAAACAAGACUUGGAGGACUCGUUACAAGCGCAGCAAUACUUCGCGGACGCCAACGAGGCGGAGUCGUGGAUGCGCGAGAAGGAGCCUAUGGCGAACACUCAGGACUACGGCAAGGACGAGGACUCCUCCGAGGCGUUGCUGAAGAAACACGAGGCGCUAUUGUCAGACCUCGAGGCAUUCGGGAACACCAUCAAGUCGCUGAGAGAACAGGCUAACUCUUGCCGGCAACAGGAAUCGCCUGUGGUGGACGUGUCCGGCAAGGAAUGCGUGGUGGCAUUAUACGACUACGCGGAGAAGUCCCCGCGCGAAGUCUCCAUGAAGCGCGGCGAUGUGCUCACCCUACUCAACUCCAACAACAAGGUUGGUGCUUACAAUAUACUUUUCAGCUUAAAGAUGCAAUCUAGCGGUCUGGCACGAAGUGCAGCGAGAAGAAAGCCCGUAUCUCCCGUAUCUCUCUUGGAACAUGAAUCCAUCUGGUUAUUUGUGAUACUGUUGGGGAAUGUGUUCAGUAAUAACAGGAGAUUUAGGAGAAGGAAAAGAUGCUCUCACGACUGGUGGAAGGUGGAAGUAAACGACCGUCAAGGGUUCGUGCCAGCCGCGUACGUCAAGAAGAUAGACGCCGGCCUCUCCUCCUCGCAGCAGAACCUCGCCGACUCUAGCUCCAUCGCUGCCAGACAAAACCAGAUCGAGGCGCAGUACGACAACCUGCUCGGUCUGGCCCGCGAGAGACAGAAUAAGCUGAAUGAGACUGUAAAGGCUUAUGUGCUCGUGCGAGAGGCCGCUGAACUAGCCACAUGGAUCAAGGACAAGGAGAUGCAUGCCCAAGUUCAAGACGUGGGCGAAGACCUGGAGCAGGUGGAGGUGAUGCAGAAGAAGUUCGACGACUUCCAGAACGACCUGCGCGCCAACGAGGUUCGUCUCGCCGAGAUGAACGAGAUCGCUGUACAAUUGAUGACCGUCGGCCAAACGGAGGCCGCGCUCAAGAUCAAAACGCAGAUGCAGGAAUUGAACUCGAAAUGGACGUCUCUGCAACAACUGACAUCGGAGCGCGCCGCCCAACUCGGGUCGGCGCACGAAGUCCAGCGGUUCCACCGCGACGUGGACGAGACCAAGGACUGGAUCGCGGAGAAGGAGGCCGCGCUCGCCACUGACGACCUCGGCAAGGACCUGCGCUCCGUGCAGACGUUGCAACGUAAACACGAGGGUCUGGAGCGCGAUCUGGCCGCGCUCGGCGACAAGAUCCGUCAGCUGGACGAGACCGCCAACCGUCUGAUGGCGACGCAUGGCGACUCCGCGGACGCCACGUACAGUAAGCAGCGCGAGAUCAACGACGCCUGGCAGCGGCUGCAGGCGCGGGCCAACGCGCGCAAGGAGAAGCUGCUCGACUCGUACGACUUGCAGCGAUUCUUGUCGGAUUACCGCGACCUGAUGGCUUGGAUCAACUCCAUGAUGGCGUUGGUCAGUUCGGACGAGCUUGCCAACGAUGUGACCGGCGCUGAGGCACUUCUCGAACGUCACCAGACCCAGCGCUUGGAGAUAGACGCGCGGUACGGCAUAAUGCCGCAGGAACAUCGCACGGAGAUGGACGCGCGCGCGGGCACCUUCCAAGCGUUAGAGCUGUUCGGACAGCAGCUGCUGCAGGGCGGACACUACGCGAGCGUCGAUAUACAGGAGAAACUCAACACCAUGGGCGACGCCAGGCAGGAGCUAGAGAAGGCGUGGGUAGCGCGUCGCGUGAAGCUGGACCAGAACCUGGAGUUACAGCUGUUCUACCGCGACUGCGAGCAGGCGGAGGGAUGGAUGGCGGCGCGCGAGGCAUUCCUGCAGCCGCCCGACCAACCCGACCAGCCCGAUCAGCCCGACAAUGUCGAGCAGCUCAUAAAGAAACACGAGGACUUCGAUAAGGCGAUCAACGCACACGAGGAGAAGAUAGCCCAAUUGCAGACGUUGGCUGAUCAGUUGAUAGCGUCUGAUCAUUACGCGGCCGCACCCAUUGAUGAUAAGCGUCGUCAGGUGUUAGACCGGUGGCGCCAUCUUAAAGAAGCCCUCAUUGAAAAACGCUCCAGGCUGGGAGACGAACAAACGUUACAACAGUUCUCCCGCGACGCGGACGAGAUGGAGAACUGGAUCGCUGAGAAACUCCAACUGGCCACCGAAGAGAGUUACAAGGACCCGGCCAACAUUCAGUCUAAGCACCAGAAGCACCAAGCGUUUGAAGCGGAGUUGGCCGCAAACGCUGAGAGGAUACAGUCCGUACUCGCGAUGGGCGGCAACCUCGUCCAGCGGGGACAGUGCAGCGGCAGCGAGAACGCAGUGCAGGCCCGACUUGCAUCUAUCGCGGACCAAUGGGAGUUCCUGACGCAGAAGACUACGGAGAAAUCUCUUAAGCUAAAAGAGGCCAACAAGCAGCGCACAUACAUCGCCGCCGUCAAGGAUCUAGACUUCUGGCUCGGAGAGGUGGAGAGUUUGUUGACAUCGGAGGACUCCGGCAAGGACUUGGCGUCUGUACAGAAUCUCAUGAAGAAACAUCAGCUAGUCGAAGCCGACAUUCAAGCUCACGAGGACAGGAUCAAAGAUAUGAACGCGCAGGCGGACGCGCUGGUCUCGUCCGGGCAGUUCGACAGCGCGGGCAUCGGGUCGCGGCGCGCGGCCAUCAACGACCGGUUCGAGCGCGUGCGCAGCCUCGCCGCCCACCGCCGCGCGCGCCUCCACGAGGCCAACACGCUGCACCAGUUCUUCCGGGACAUCGCCGACGAGGAGUCCUGGAUCAAGGAGAAGAAGCUGUUGGUGGCUUCAGACGACUAUGGACGUGAUCUGACCGGCGUGCAGAAUCUGCAGAAGAAACACAAACGGCUGGAGGCUGAGCUAGCCAGCCAUGAACCUGCUAUACAGGGCGUGCAAGAAGCAGGCGAGAAGCUAAUGGAUGUGUCCAAUUUGGGUGUACCAGAGAUAGAACAACGUCUGAAAGCUCUGGCUCUAGCGUGGGAGGAACUCCAAUCGCUGGCAGCAGAACGUGGAGCCAAACUGCAGCAGUCACUCGCAUACCAGCAGUUCCUUGCCAAGCUGGACGAGGAGGAAGCUUGGAUCAGCGAAAAGCAGCAGCUAGUGGUGGUGGGCGAGUGCGGCGACAGUAUGGCGGCCGUGCAGGGGCUGCUCAAGAAGCACGAGGCGCUGGAGGCGGAACUGGCGGCGCGCGGGGAACGGGUCAACGAACUCGCCGCCGACGCGGACCGGCUGCUCGCCGCCGGGAACCUGCACGCGGAUGCGCUCGCGCACCGCAUGCGGCAACUGCAGGCUAAACUGGAGAAGCUGACAUCGCUGGCGGCUCGCCGUAAGGCCGCCUUGGUGGACAACUCUGCGUACUUACAACUCCUGUGGAAGGCCGACGUGGUGGAGUCCUGGAUCGCGGACAAGGAGACCCACGUACGAUCCGACGAGUUCGGACGGGAUCUGUCCACUGUGCAGACGCUGCUCACCAAACAGGAUACUUUCGACGCUGGGUUGGCGGCGUUCGAGCACGAGGGCAUCCAGAACAUCAGCAUGCUGAAGGAGCAGCUGGUGGGCGCGGGCCACGAGCAGGCGGCGAGCAUCUCCAAGCGGCACGCGGACGUGACCGCGCGCUGGCAGCGCCUGCUGGCCGCCUCGCUGGCGCGCAAGCAGCGCCUGCUGCAGCUGCAGGACCAGUUCCGGCAGAUCGAGGAGCUCUACCUCACCUUCGCCAAGAAGGCGUCCGCGUUCAACUCGUGGUUCGAAAACGCAGAAGAAGACCUCACGGAUCCAGUUCGCUGCAACUCUAUCGAGGAGAUCCGCGCUCUCAAAGAUGCGCACGCACAAUUCCAAGCGUCGCUGUCAUCAGCGCAAAGCGACUUUGAGGCGCUAGCAGCUCUGGACGAACAGAUCAAAUCUUUCAACGUGGGCGCCAACCCUUACACCUGGUUCACUAUGGAGGCACUCGAGGAGACCUGGCGCAAUCUGCGCAAGAUUAUUGCCGAACGUGAUGUCGAACUAACUAAAGAAGCACAGCGUCAAGAAGAAAACGACAAACUGCGUAAGGAGUUCGCCAAGCACGCCAACGCAUUCCACCAGUGGCUCACCGAGACACGGUACCGGCUGCUAGGCUGGGACGGUACAUCAAUGAUGGAGGGCACCGGUUCCCUGGAGCAGCAGCUGGCGACUCUACGGGCACGCGCCGGGGAGGUGCGCGCGAGACGUGCCGACCUACGACGACUGGAGGAACUGGGGGCGGCGCUGGAGGAGCACCUGAUCCUGGACAAUCGCUACACGGAGCACAGCACCGUGGGCCUCGCCCAGCAGUGGGAUCAGCUCGACCAGCUGUCCAUGCGCAUGCAGCAUAACCUCGAGCAGCAGAUACAGGCCCGCAACCACUCCGGUGUAAGCGAGGAUGCUCUGAAGGAGUUCUCGAUGAUGUUCAAGCACUUCGACAAGGACAGGUCUGGACGUCUGAACCACCACGAGUUCAAGUCAUGUCUGCGCGCGCUCGGUUACGAUCUGCCCAUGGUCGAGGAGGGACAGCCUGACCCGGAGUUUGAAGCUAUACUCAACGUGGUGGACCCUAACCGCGACGGGCAGGUGUCGCUGCAGGAGUACAUGGCGUUCAUGAUCAGCAAGGAGACGGAGAACGUGCACUCCUCCGAGGAGAUAGAGAACGCCUUCCGCGCCAUCACCGCCCACCAGGACCGCGCAUACGUCACCAAGGACGAGCUAUACGCGAAUCUAACGAAGGAGAUGGCGGACUACUGCGUGGCGCGCAUGAAACCUUACGUAGAACCGAAGACGGAGCGUCCCAUACCCAACGCGCUCGACUACAUCGACUUUACGCGCACUCUGUUCCAGAAUUAAAUCAUAAGCACAAUCGCGCGCUGUGUACUACCGCCCUAACGCAAUUAAACUAAAACAAAACACUCAAGUCUUUCAAUUCGUUUCUCGUCUCAACCUCUCUCUUCAUUCACUGUAAACUAAUAUGCGCAAGCAUACUUAUGCUAUUGCCUUGUAAUGACUUAUAGAGAUCUCCGUUACAUUAAUGUCCUUCGUACUUUGACAAAGAAGGGAGUGUUCACACAUGCCGCGCGAGGAAUUAGCAUUUGCUUAUUUCAAUGCUUUCGCGUUUGCUUCUUUCUGCACAUUUUCCAAUUUUAUUAUUGAUUGACUGAAACUUGAAUAAAUAUCGCAUUUUACUUUAUAGUUUUAAGCUGUGCUGUUUGCUGUCGAAUGGCGCUAGUUGCGACUUCAAUAUAGAAGCGUAACAGCCUCCUUUUUAAUUGUUCGAAUUUCACUACAUUUUGUAGUCAGACCCUGAUUUACGUAUGUAAGUGUACAGAAGGGUUAGAAUUCCUUUUCUCUGAAUACAGCAGAGAGAUAAGAAGCUCCCUUAAUUUAAUGCUUUUAAAGCGAUUCACUGUUUCACAAUUCAAAUUCUAUUUGCAUUUCAACACUUUUUGUGCUUGAUAAAAGUAAAAGAAUUUAUGGUAUGUUAACUUGUAACAAUCGAUAGAUAAUUUUAAAAACAAAAUUAAAGUUUAUAACUUAAAAUUCUAUUUAUUUUUUGUAUACCUAUUUAUGAUUGCAAUAAAGUAUUUAUUCCU